AAAAAAAAGAGUCAAUAAUAUAAUAACAAUAUAAUAUAUUAAGACAUGAUUGCCAUUGGUUGUGUGUGUGGCUGAGUCAGAAUAACGUAUAGAGAAACACAACCAUUGGUGUGAUUAGGUUCUGUAAUAGAUUUAAGGAAUCUACGUAACGUGAAGCAAUCUCCAAAUCGACCUCAUCAUAGUCGAGUCUCUGUCUCUCUGCAUUAUUGUUUUGUCUGUGUAACCGGAGAUGUCGAGUAUUCGUUGCGGCGGCGGAGGAGGAAGCGCAUGUGCCGUUCGUUGUGAUCGGCGAAAUGUGACAGUUCGAUCAUCGUGCGUGGUUCCGGUGAUUAAUCGACGGAGUUGGUUAGAGACCGGGAAGAUUUCGAUGACGAAGAUGAUGGCGGAGUUGACGCCGGUGAAGAACGGUGGAGCGGUCGUGUCGCGAGAGAAGCUCGAGCAGUGGUUGAGGGAUUCGGUUGUUGAGAUCGUGAAGAAUCUAAGAGAGUCGCCGUUGUUAGUGCACUUAUACGCGGAGGCGAAUGGAGGUUUGAGUACGACGGCGACGACGAAUCCGGUGGAGGGAGAUUGGGCGGCGAUGGAAGGAAGGUGGGAUAGAGGAGAGGAGGAGACGCCAGAGGGAGUGAUCUUCGUUGAGAAGUUAGCGGACGAUGAGGAGGAUGAUCACGAUGCUGAUGGUGGAUACAACGGUGGAGAAAGAAGUGGAACAAGCGCUUGGGGGAUAGUGGCGCAGGGAAGAGGAACUGAUUGUGGACCGGUUUGCUACCUGUUGAAAACAACCCGGGUCGGAUCGGGUAUGGGGACGGUUUGCACACAUUUCUGUUUGGUUAAGGUGAAGAGUUUUAGGGAGACGGCUUUGUCACAGUUGAAUAACUCCUGGUUGGUGCAGACUGGUCAAUGAAUCAGAGAAAAAGUUUCAUGGUUCCUUAUUUAUUCAAGUGGUUAAAGGCUGAAGGGAUUGAUCGUGUAGUUAUUCUCUUUGGGUUGAAUUAUGAAACCCUUAUUGAUGAUCAAAGCACCUUUGUUAUUGUUACAGUAUAUACAUAAUACAUUAAUCUUUCAACA